GACACCAGGUACAACACCUAGACACCAAACUGUAUAAGGUCACCAGGGUACAACACCUAGACACCAAACUGUAUAAGGUCACCAGGGUACAACACCGAGACACCAAACUGUAUACGGACACCAGGGUACUCACCUAGACACCAAAUUGUAUAAGGACACCAGGGUACAACACCUAGACACCAAACUGUAUAAGGACACCAGGUUACUCACCUAGACACCAAAUUGUAUAAGGACACCAGGGUACAACACCUAGACACCAAACUGUAUAAGGACACCAGGUACAACACCUAGACACCAAACUGUAUAAGGUCACCAGGGUACAACACCUAGAUACCAAACUGUAUAAGGAUACCAGGUACAACACCUAGACACCAAACUGGUAUAAGGACACCAGGGUACAGCACUUAUGAUAUCAAACUGGGUAUAACCAUAUUACUCCGGUUUUACUAGUAGGUCGGUUUCAGGGCAUAUUGCUUAUCUCACGUGGGCAGUUAUAAAGAGAGGACGCGAUCGUUAGAUGGAGACGAGCUAAGUAGCAGACGCUGCAGUGCGUUCCAUGGUAGGGGGUCGAACUGAUAAAGAAUUCUAAUUUCCUUAUAACACGAUUGCUGGCUAUUUAAUUUGAGAAAUCAAUCAUGUGAAAGCCAAAGCGUUACAUACAAUCCUUUGUAGACUUAUCAGGUGAUUACCAAGUCAUGAAUUAUAAAAGACAUCUAUUAAAAUGUAAGUAUUUGUAUGGUCUUACAAACUGAUUAAUUGGAUAACACUGGGCAUACCACAACGUAAAAAUAUAAGAAUAAAACUGAAAUGAGAUAUGGGUAAGGUACAGUGUUAACAUACGGGCACAAUUGAUGAGACGGUUGAAAAUGUCCAAUGUACUCUUUUGAACUAUAUUGGCGGAUGGAACUUUGGAAUUUAAUCCAGAACGGUUGUCUUGAUACGACAUGUAUCCGUGGAAAGAUUGCAUUUGGUAGAUAAUCAGUCCUCUCGGAGAACCGUAUUUUGUAGACAAUGCUUGUGGAACUAGGUCCCAAAUCUUUCAAGUAAUAAAUAAAUCUAUGAAUAUUCGAAUAAAGUUGAAACCUGUACAAAAGAAACAUUAUAUUCGAAAAAAAAAAAAAAAAAUAAAAUUAAAAAAAUGUAUUACAAACUGCGUCGUUAUUAAACAUUUCGUGUUGACAAGGUUCCUCAACAAAGCUCGGGUCUUUUCUAAAUUGGAAAAUUAACUAUCUCGAUUUGGAUGAAGAUAAUAACAACCGUCACCUCUUUGGGAAUUUGUUUACCCCAGACAUUUUAUAGUUAUACACGUAACAAGCUCCACUGAGUUCUGUAUCACUAGGCGGCAACAUAUCGUUCGUCAUCAAUGAACGGGUUUUAUCUAUUUCAGAUUCCUGUACAAUAUGUAAUUGUACUAAAUACUACAGAAGGAUGACAAUAAAACGUAGUGUUAGCAUGUUUUAUUAACAAAACUCUUGUUUAAAUCACUCUGCCCAAUGUCAAAGGUAAGCAAUCGGGGCUUUAAAGGUGGUUAAACAUUGCCCUGUUUAUAAAAAACAUAUCGUUUACGGAGUUUAUCAUAUGGCAUAACAGUUGUGAAACGAGGGUAAUAAUGGGAUAAAUCUGCUGCAACCAUACAGUUUUUAGCGAGUGUUGAGAGUCGGUUGUUGAAUGGGUGGGCGCUCUAUCGUAACCAAGGCCUAUAAAAUCGGUACUUUCCAUUGUGUGACAAUCAAUUAAGUAAAAGUGAGGAAUGAAGGGUGUGCCAUUUUCUAUUACUCUUUCGAUGUUAUGAUACAUGAGUUUCAGUUGAUAUUGAAACCUAGAACGUCUACCAUCACUGGGCAAUGUCUUCAGAUCAGCUCUAUAUUUCUCCCAGUUCUGUUAUGUAACGGUAUACGUUAUUGAAUGGUUUGUAGGGUGUACCAGUGGUGGCCCUUUAUUAGACCUUUCUAUUACUGACAAACUUAGUAAAGGUAUUAAACAAUAGAUUUCUAUUACUGACAAACUUAAUAAAGGUCUUCAACAAUGGAUUUCCAUACUAAUCUCAUCUAACUAAAAUAAAAUCAUUGUUAUAGAGAAUUGUUUACACAAAGGGUAUGUUGUAAUGGUUUUAAAGAACCUUUCUUGCGUGUAAAUAGUGGGCACAUCAGUAGAGACCAUUCCUUGUUUUAUUUGUUACUUUAGCUUUUAUUCAUGUUCGUUUUCUACAUGUAAUGAAGCAUUGGUUUGAAUUUUCAGUUAUACAUCAGUUUAUUACUAUUGUGGAACCAUAAAGUAUAUAAGUUUAAGUCGAGAUGACAUUAUGCUACCAUUUUGCGAAAAAGUCUAAUUUGUACAUUAUAUUUCCCCCGAUGUAGUUAUGUUUCACGAGCCAUUGUCUUAUCAUGUAUCAAAGGUGGCUGUUACGGUUGUGUUUGUGAUGAUGUGUAUGUGACUUUAAAAAUAGCACACUGAAGCAAAAGAAUGGGUCGCAUCAAAGUCACAUUGUGGCAUCAAAGUCGUAUUAUGGCAUCAAAGUAAUAUUGUGGCAUCAGAGUCAUAUUGUCGACUGACAUCAGAGCCGCAUUGUGGCAUCAAAAUCGUAUUAUGGCAUCGAAGUCGUAUUAUGGCAUCAAAGUCGUAUUAUGGCAUCGAAGUCAUAUUGCAACAUCACAGUCGUACUGUGACAAUAAAGCCAUAUUGUGGAAUCAAAGUCGAAUUGUAUACACCUACAUGAAUAUGGGAGUAUAUAGAGUAGAUAUUAUAAAUGACGUACUGCAUUGUAUGUGUUUAGUUGGAUAUGGCUCUAUACAUAUACAUAUCCGUUCAGUAGUCGGUGUUUCCUUCCUGAAUAGCAGUGUGUAUGACCACAGAUUCAACAUAGACACCCACAAUACACGAUAGUAUUUAUGAGGGUGACUGGUGAAGGUAAUAUGUUAUUGAUAUGUUUAAUUAACAAAUCAGUAAUUCUGAUAACUUAAUGUUCUGUAUCUUAUAUGUAUGCCAUCAUUAGUAAUUAAUCAUAAUAUAUAUCACAUAAUUAUUUGCAUACAUCGCCAGAUAUUUUAUUGUGGCAAAAUAAAGAUAAUAUUAGAAGAUAUAACAGAACAUGUAUUAAGGAAGGAAUCAGACAACAAACUGAGUCUAUAGAAGUCAUGUUCUAUAGAUUACAGGUAUAAUUUUAGAUUAAUAAUAACAUUAAGAUUAAGUAAUUUGAUAUAUAUCACGGUAAAACACAUACUUACUGUAGAUUCCAUACUACCAUUUGUACUUUCUAUAUUGCGUAUUGUUAGAACUUUCAUAUGAGCAAUAUUACUUACAGAUUAAAAAUCGGUCUUAGCAUACAGGAUUUCCUGAAUGAAUAGUAUACUAAAUUUCUGAUGGGAAUAUAGAUUAUGAUUACAUGUGUCAAUAAUGCAUUAUUUAAUGGUAUUAGAGAUUGGAGCAAAGGAAUGGAACUGACAGGAAGGGAACUUUAUAGAAAAUAUCUACGAUUUGCAAAUAAGAGCAAUCUGCUUCAAUCCAGUCUAAAAUGGUUCGAUAAUGUUGGAUUGUUUGAUGGUGUCCGGAAAGGCGAAUACACUGUCAAACUCCAGGAAUUCAUACACAAUACUGGAUUGAAACAAAGCUAUGUCUCCGCGAUGGUCCAGUCACUCCUUGUAUCUCGUAUACUGGACAUUGGUUGUUACGGGGAAGUUGAUUUCCCUGAAGAAUACGCUGACGACUUGAUUGACGUCAUCAAUGAAUGCGAAAUUGCUCCUGAACUUGAAAACGUUGUUGACGUCAUGUACGCAUGCGCAAGGAUUGGCAGUGAAGGGUAUACACCAGAACAAAGGUCCCUUGUGUGGAGAGCCAUCAUUCUAGACGAGGCUCUUGAAGUGGUAAAGACUACAAUUGAACGAAGUGAAGGAGUGGUCAGAAAAAUAUUAGACAUCAAUUGUAGCCAUGGAGAUUUGACUAUGAGAUUGGCAGAGGAGUUCCCGGCAAAGAUAGUCCACGGGUGUGAUAUAUCCACUAGCAAUAUACAGCAUUGUAACACUAAAUCGUAUGAUACGCAAAACGUUACAUUUUUCACCGUUCCUAGUUUUACUGAGUUAUCACCGAACUGGAGCAAGACCUAUGACGUCGUAACGUUGCUCCAAGCAGUCCCUCACGACAAUACAAACACCAAAGAAAUCAUCCUGGAGGCAGCGCGGAUUGUACAAGAUGAUGGACAUAUCAUUUACAUCGAACCGGAAGUUGACGAUAACCCACGUGACAACAAGUUUCCCGAGUCUGCGUACGACCAUGCUGUGUCUUAUUGGUACCGUAUACCCAGUGGAGAUUCAGAUGUUUCUGAGAGCGAUUAUCAGGUAGACAACACAGAGAACUUCCUAAGGGACUGUGGACUCAGAGUUGAAGGUCACCAUCUCAUACAUUGUAGUAUACGAAACCAUGCCUUCGUGUGUGUCAAGGACUGACUUUAUAUAUAAGUCACAACAGUAGGACUUUAAUAUGCAAAAUGAUUAGAAGAUGUAUAAAGGAUAAAGUUAUCCGAACUCUGUUACAGACAGUUGGGGUUAGGAUAACUAUUUUUUUAACAACCGAUGACCUUGGAAUUCUGCAAUCGAUAUUUAUAUAUGACUGAAUUCUUGAUGAUAUUCCGGUAAAAACGUCCGAUAUAAAACAACAUAUAUAAUUAGAAUAGAAACUGCUGUCUAGCGGUUAACGAACGUUUCACCUCAAUUCAUGCCCCUAAAUCAAGGAUUUAUAUAUAUCAAAAGAAAAACUUGUGCACAGACAUCGAUUAGCAUGCAUACAAGUAUGCCUUUUUUUUAGAAUUUCGGUUCCAUACAUUAACGAAUAAAAGAAUAUCAAAAAGGAUCAAACUAUCCAGACUCUGGCAGGCAUACCGAGUCAGGAUAUUCAUUUGAAAUGAUAUAUGCAUAAAUGAUGAUAUUCCGAUAAAAGAAAUUAAGAAAGAAAACCCUGUACCCCGAGUGUGUGUAGGUUAUUUUAGCCAUAUAGUAACUCCCUAUAUCCAUGAAUAUAUGCAUACUUCCAUGUACGUGUCUUCAAUUUACCAUGUAUAUACCUAUUUUUCAUUAAAAACUUCCAUCGAUCGUU